AUGGCUGUCCUCCUCGUUGCCGUGGUGAAGAGCUCCGAGGUGGACAUGUUGCUACGCUUCUUCAGUACCUCAACAGGCUCUCCUGCUACAGACACAUCAUGCUGUUCGGCUGCUCGCUGGCUCUGCCCGAGUGUGUCCCCACCGACAGCUCACACACCAGCGAGGGAAGGCUGCGAGCCCGUCCUCCAGAUGUUCAACGCUUCCUGGCCCGAGUUCCUGCGCUGCUCGCAGUUCAGUAAUUUCAACUUCACGUCGACGCCGCCGCCAACUUCAUCAUCAUCAUCAUCAUCACCAUCACCCACGGCAACGGUAGACCCCGCCCCACUUGGCUGCUACACGCCGAGACAGAUCAAAGGGAAACCCUCUGUGUGCGGCGGGAAGGAAUACUUCUUGUGCGCGACGGGGAUUUGCGUCCCUCAGAAACUGGUGUGCAACGGCUACAACGACUGUGACGACUGGAGCGACGAGACACACUGCGUCUGCACAGACGACAAGUUUCGCUGUAACACCGGUCGAUGUCUCUCUCCGGCUCAAGUCUGCGACGGAUAUGACGACUGUGGAGAUCUGAGCGACGAACUCAACUGUGUGUGUGAUCUGGCCCGUGAGCAUCGCUGUGGCGACGGUCGCUGCGUGUCCAGAGACUGGCUGUGUGACGGAGACCACGACUGUCUGGACAAGAGCGACGAGCUCAACUGCUCCUGUAAGAGUCAGGGUCUGUUGGAGUGCAGGAACGGUCAGUGUAUCCCGUCUGCGUUUCGUUGUGACGGAGAGGACGACUGUAAAGACGGUAGCGACGAGGAACACUGCAUCCGAGAGCAGAGUGAGACCUCCCUCAGGGUGUGUGUGUUCCCGGUCAGCCCAGCUGUAUCGCCACUUCCUGUCCGUCCGGGUGUGGGGGGGGGCAGCGCCACCUGCGACCCCCGAAACACCAACAGCAACACCACCAGCUGCUCCCGCUGUGAGCCCAUCAGUCUGGAGCUCUGCAUGAACCUGCCCUACAACCUGACCAGCUUCCCCAACUACCUGGGCCACCUGUCCCAGAGAGAGAGCUCCGUGUCCUGGGAGUCCUCGCUGUUCCCGGCCCUGGUCCAGACCGGCUGCUACCAGUACCUCAUGUUCUACGCCUGCACGCUGCUGGUCCCCAAAUGUGACCCGGUCAGCCUGCAGAAGAUCCCGCCCUGCAGGUCGUUGUGUCGUAACGCGAAGGAGAAGUGUGAGUCGGUGCUCGGCAUUGUUGGAUUGCAGUGGCCCGAGGACUCAGACUGUAGUCAGUUUCCAGAGGAGGGAGGAAACGCCACCUGCCUGCUGCCGGAGGCCGGCGUGGACGAGUGCUCCCCUAGCCACUUCAAGUGUCGGUCGGGUCGCUGCGUCCUGGCAAGCAAACGCUGCGACGGACACCUGGACUGUGACGACCACAGCGACGAGGACAACUGUGGCUGCUCUGAGCGCUCUCUGUGGGAGUGUCCUGGCAGUAAAGUGUGUAUUAAAUCCAGUAUGAUCUGUGAUGGGUUCCCAGACUGCCCCCUGCUGGUCGACGAGGCCAACUGCACGGUGUGCAGAGAUAACGAGCUGUCCUGUAACAACCAUCAGUGUGUUCAUCGGACUCUGUGGUGUGACGGGAAGAAGCACUGUUCAGACAGCUCAGACGAGUGGAACUGUGUGUCUCUGUCCGAUCAGUCGGGUUCUGUACUGACGGUGUUCAGGACGGCAGCGGAGUAUCAGGUCUGUGCCGACGAGUGGAACCACGAGCUGAGCAAACUGACAUGCAACCAGCUGGGCCUAGGGGUUCCCACCACUGUUGCCAUGGUACCCGACCAGCCUGGCGUCCCGGGCCGUCGCCGUUGGUUACACGUCCAUCCCGAGUGGAACCAGAGGAACGGAUCCGCUCUACAGGCCCGACUGGAGAAGAGAAGCCACGCGUGUCACUCUAGGAGGAGAGUAUCUGUCCUGUGUGCCCGAGAAGAGUGCGGUGUGCGUCCGACGGUGGGCUUGACCCCCCACAGGAAGAAGAGGAUUCUGGGAGGGCGGGUGUCCCGGCGGGGCGCGUGGCCGUGGCAGUGCUCCCUGCAGAGCGGGCAGAGCGGACACGUGUGUGGCUGCGUCCUCAUCGCCGGGAGGUGGGCUCUGACGGUCGCUCACUGCUUCGAGGGGAGGGAGAGUGCAGACCUCUGGAAGGUGGUGUUUGGUUUAAAUAACCUGGAUCAUCCAGGUGUUCACAGUCAGAGCCGCGGGGUGCGCUCCAUUAUCGUACACCCGCGCUACAACCGGGCGGUGGUUGACUACGACAUCAGCGUGGUGCAGCUGGAAUCGGAGGUGAGCGAGGACCGAUACAGGGUCUUGGUUAUGGGCGGUGGUAGGCCAGUGGAGGAGACUCCGUUUGUCAGACCGGUGUGUCUGCCUCAACCCGGCCAGCUUCCCUCUCCUGACUCCUACUGUUACAUCACAGGCUGGGGUCACAUGGGCAACCGGAUGCCCUUUAAGCUGCAGGAAGGGGAGGUUCGGAUCAUCUCGUUGUCUCAGUGUCAGUCUUACUUCGACAUGAAGACCAUAACUCCCAGGAUGCUUUGCGCCGGUUACGAUGCCGGAACUGUCGACUCCUGCAUGGGUGACAGCGGUGGUCCGCUGGUGUGCGAGGAAAACAGCGGCCACUGGACGUUGUUCGGCCUGACGUCGUGGGGCAGCGUGUGCUUCAGUAAAGUGCUCGGACCUGGCGUUUACAGCAACGUGACGCACUUCACCCCCUGGAUCCAGCAACAGAUCUACAUCCACACAUACCUGAACGACUGA